GUCACGUGGCCCGGUUCCCCUUUCACCUUCCGCGGUGUAUUCCCGGCUUCCCAUCCGGCCCCAUAACCAGAGAGCGAACAACGGUGGCCCCAAACGCGGCAUCCCCGAGCGGACGCGCUUGCAUGGACCGCACGACAGGCCGCCGCUGCCGGGCCAGCCGCCGAUCGACGACCGCAUGAUGUUCGCGCCGGCUCUGUUGCCGCCGCUGCUGCUGCUGGCGCUGGCCGGCCGCGCGCAGCAGCAGCAGCAGCACUUCCCCAGGACCCGGUUCCAACCGGUGCACCGGUACCCGCCGCUGCCCAACGGCAUCAAGCUCAGCCCGGAGCUCAUCAACCAGGCACUCCAGCUGCCGCCCAAUGGCCACCCCCAGGGGCCCGCUCAGCAGCAGCAGCAACAGAGCUUCAGGCCGCAGCGCAUGGUGCAGCUGACGAUACCGCAGGGCGUGCUGCGGGGCCGCGUACUGCGCACGCCCUCGGGCCGGGGCCUGGUCGCCUUCCUCGGUGUGCCGUACGCCGCCGCACCCCUCGGGCCACUACGAUUCAAGCCUCCCGUGAUACACCCUGGCUGGAGCUCAGUGCUGGACGCGACUGCCUUCCGGUCAGCGUGUCCGCAGUUCGACUACCGCGGGAGGAUCGUCGGCAACGAAGACUGCCUCUUCCUCAACAUCUACACGCCGGGAUACAGGAACGGCCAGACCCCUUCCUACCCCGUAAUGGUGUUCGUGCACGGCGGUAACUUCGAGACCGGAGCCUCGAGCCAGUACGGACCGCAGAAGCUCGUCGACAAGGACGUCGUCGUGGUCACAAUAAACUACAGGCUCGGCAUUCUUGGGUUCCUAAGCACGGGCGACAGCGUCUGUCCUGGCAACCUGGGCCUGCUGGACCAGAACCUGGCCCUCAAGUGGGUGCGCGACAACGUGGCCCAAUUCGGCGGUGAUCCCUCGCAGGUGACGCUCUUCGGCCAGGGCUCUGGCGCCGUCAGCGUCUUCCUGCACAUACUGUCGCCCCUUAGCCAAGGGCUGUUCGUGCGUGCCAUCGCCGAGAGCGGCAGCCCGCUGAGCGACUGGGCCGUGGAGCCAGAACCGGCGCAGUUCAAGCGCAUCGUUGCCCAGGGCGCGGGAUGCCCGACCGACGGCCCGUCGUUCGCGCUCAUCGACUGCCUCAUGCAGACGCCCAGCAGCGAGUUCCUGCGCAUCCAGCAGGAGAGCAAGGUGUUCGGCGACUUCCCCGUGAGGACGGCGCCCGUGGUGGAGAAGUUUAACCCGCAGGGAGCCUUCCUUCCGGACGAGCCAGCCACCCUACUCGAGCGCGGAGAGUUCAGACGCGUGCCGCUCAUCGCCGGCGUCAACAAAGAUGAGACGGCCUUCUUCUUUCCCGUGCUGUCGGGAUAUCUUCGAGACCGGUCGGCGCGCAGUGCUACAUACGUACGCGACCAGCUGCUGCCGCGAUUCCUGAGCAGCGCCCUGCGCUACAACCGACCGCCGACGGAUGUUGUGGACUCCGUGGACGAGACCUACUUCCGGGACGUCAACCCUCUUGACACGAACUCUGUCAUCAAGGCCUUCAUAAAUAUGUCGACGGAUGCAAUGUUCGUGGCGCCGAACCAGCUGACACUGGCCAAGUAUUCGCGCUUCGAGGCGCCUACCUACAUGUACGUGUUCGAGUACCGGGGCGACACUAGCCUGCUGGAUGCCCGACUCGGUUUCCAGAGGCAGUCCUACGAUCUCGGUGUCUCCAACGGCGAUGAGCUGAUCUAUCUAUUCGACGUGACGGCCGACGGACUGCGGCCACUGUCCAGCCUCGACUCGCUCGUCAGCAGCAGGAUCAUCAACCUCUGGACAGACUUCGCCAAGAGCGGAAUGGCGCCGCAGUACCCGAACUUCGAGUACCCUGCCUGGCCCCGCGCUUCGCCUAGCAACGUGUCGUCAUACCGCAUCGGCCGUUCGCUGCAGCCCGGUACCGAGUACCGGGUCGAGGCGACGCGCUUCUGGUCGGGAAUCUCGCCCGCGCUGUUGGGCCAGCGGGGCAGCGAAGACGACGGCACGCGCUCGGGCGCCCUGGUCACCCCGCCUGGCUACGUGGAACCCCUGUACCGGACCCUGGCAUGGACCAUGGUGGCCGUGGCCAUCGCGCUCGCGCUCGCCCUCAUCGUGCUCCUCGUGGUGCUCUACAAUCAGAAGAAGAGCCAGAGCUUCCGCGCCAGCUCGGACCUGGACAACUCCCGAGUGUCCGGCGGUGGAUCCACACUCUAUUGACGGUGGCGCACGACGUCGCCCCCGCUUAAAUGUCGCGGUGGUCGCCGGAACAGACUCGAAGGCCGCGAGAGAUCUGCCGUGAUGCCACCGCUUGUUCUUGCUCCGACGAUUUCUGGGCCAGAGCACAAGUGGGAUGCAUCCGCGCACUUGUAACUCAAGCGAGGCAUGACUGUUUAGCGGUACGCGACGAGCUAGCAGAACUGCGCGCGGCUCGUGCCGACAUAUAGACUUGUCCGGGCAUUAUACCUGUGUGCUCAGAGUGGAGGAUGAGCCAUUUGUCUGUUGCGAGUUUGUGGACACUCCCACUCUUUGGAAGCUAACUUUAGACACGCUAUAGGUCAGUAUCUUUGACAAGGGUAUCUGAAUGAGCGAGCUUGUAAAAGGCAUAGUUCAUGUCGCCUGAGCAGAACAAAAACACUGCUUAAGUCAUACCGUCUCGCUUAGAGGCCUGCCGUGUUGGGCGCGAUCGUCGUGCGAAACCAGAAGUUGACGUUCUAGAAUAGCAGAUAGGAACUCCUACGUUUAAAAGGCCUAUGUGCUUCAGAUAACGCCUAUUGAGUCGUGUGUUCAUUCCAGCAGGUGUACCCGCCUUUCUUUUUCUUUUUACGAUACAUCACUGAUCUUGAGCGAUGCAUGAAGUUGCUGAAAGCUUAGUAUAACUAUGCUGCAAUUUAGCUCGUAGUGGGAAAGAUAGCCUUAAAACAGCUCGACUUCCUUUUCAGGGGUGAGUAAGUUCCGUGACUUUUGCAUAUUCGCCCAGAGAAAUGUGGCGCAUGGUAUUAUUGUUGCUAAACUGAGGUUGUUCUACCCUUACAAAAACGGAUUUAGACAGCCUAUAGACUAUCUAAAAAUGGAUUUAUACAGUCUAUAGAUUGUCUGAAUCUACAUACAUUUUUGUAUGUGUUGGUGCACGUGCCGAAACAGAGGUGCUGCAGGGCGUUUCUUUCUUACCGUUUAUUGCUUUUUUUACUUUCUUUUUUCUCUUGAAGUCCCUCUUCUCGAAGUGAGCAGAGAAUGGGUGACUUCCGUUUGACUUCUCAUUUUCUCAGCUUUUAUUUUUUCCCGCAUUUUCGCCAAAUUGAGCACUUUCACGCAGCCCGUUGGUUUUUGUUCAAACAAAAAUGUUCUUGUUUCGGACGUAAGCGCCUUAUAUGCAAAGUGGAUACAAACAAGGCUUGGCAUUUGAAGAGAGUGUAGGCAUUUUUUUAGUCAAACUACGCUAUCGCCGGCGGGUAUUGUAAGGCCAGAGUGUUGGAUAGAGCUCGCGCUGUCACAAAUAGAUAAAAGAACAAGACAGUGAAGACGAGCUUGUAUUUAUCGUGUAUAGUGUUGUAUAUUUCGCGCACGACUCCAUAGCAAUUUAUAGUAUAUAGCGCCUAUACGAUAAAAACCAAUACUAAUAUGUUAUGUUAAGCGCAAGCUAAGAAAGUUUGUGUCAUACGCGUUUCCUUUACUCACCAUGUUCAUGAUAUUCGCACCCGCAGCAUUUGUCAAACCGUACGUUUAAAAUCACGUAGACCAGGGUUCUCAGCCAUGGAUGUUUCGGAGACACCUUGUGAACCGGUGUAAGGGAUGAGGGACCUCUUGCAUUGAGAGAAAAGGGGUGGGGGUCAUAAAUUAACGCAACAUGCCGCGUGGAGUACGUGCCUUUUAUUUCUCUCUGGCAAAGAAUGGUCAAACAAAAGUGCCACGCCAAUGCGAUCUCAACAGCUUGUUGUGCGGUCUGCAGCUACAUUCAACCGGUUUCCAGCUAUGUUUGCUCUUCAAAUAUGCAAGCCUAGAAAAAGUAUGCUCGCGUGCAUAUGUUGCAGAAAACUGCAACAAAAGCUUUACAGCCAUCUCAUGAAGAAGGGGAACCAUAAGUCAGCUCUGCCGCAGUGCAAAACUGUUAUGCGGCGAAGCAUAUAAAAAAAAUCAGAAGGGGCUUCUGUUAGGGGACGUAGUGCGCCUCAAAAAAAAAAAAAAAAAACGCUUUUAUUAUUUUUUUAAUUUUUUAAAAGAUAGGUUUCGUGGACCCCCCAAAAUGGCUUCGCGGACUCCGUGGGGUCCGUGUAUCCCCAUAUGAGAACCAAUGACGUAGACUAUCUAAAGCGGGACAGUGGAUGGAAUUUCUCUACGUGCAAGAGGUUUUGUUCACAAGGAUUAGCGCUGUCACCACUCAGCUAGGUUUUAAAAGAGGCGCGAUAUAUUCAUACAAGCGUGCCUUCGUAAGCGACUCCCGAAGGAACCUUUCGCAACUGUUGGUAGAUCACUACAGUAAAACCAAUGCUACGGAGCGCGCGUAGCAGAUAUGGCCUGGUUGUGGAGUGAAAUUCGAAGUUUAUAAGAUGAAGAGGGCACCACAAUUCGCACGGACGUCAGAAGUAAGCGUGCUCUGAGGCGGAGAGAAGGUUAGUGCAGCGCAUUUCAACUUAACUGAUGUAGUCCGUACAGCACUGACAUUGCUCGAGCAUCAUUACUUAAAGCACGUAAGGUACUAAUGAUCAUCCUGGUAUCUGGAACCUUGAGCCUAUAAGACGGCGAUAGAGCUACCCAAACGCAUUCUCGAAAUACUAUAUAACGUAAGCACUUAACUUAUUGAACGCGACUUUCAUUUCCUAUACGUUCUUCUUAGAGGUUCCUUCCUCACACUUUAGUGACAGAAUAAGCUGUGCUUCUUGUGACAGAAGACAAAAAUAAAUAUUCGUAGCGACACCUAUGAGCAGCAGCAUCAUAGGAGGAUUGUUUUAGAGCAACGGUCGCUCACAAUACGCAACCCACUGUUCACGCGUCAUCCGGAGAGAUAAUGUGCGCAGCCCAAAGAAUUUGUCACUGUGACUUGGCACACGCAACUGCAGGCUCAGUGGCUCAGUCUCCGCAAGAGAGCGCGGCAUAGCAGAUAAAACAAAGAGCUGAAGCGUUAUGCGACGCGUGCCGUUGAUCGCCCUUCAGUAACAGAUUUUUUUAUCACGCGCUCCAACAAGCGUCGCGUCCUCAAUGCGCCGCUAGAUUUUGUCAGACAACUGUUCAGCAAGCUUUCGAAUCAGUGUGGCGCGAUGUCUCCGAGGAGCGCACCGUUCUUUCAAGACGAAAAAAAAAAAGCGGAAGUGCUUGAAGAGCUGUAAUACAGCGCCAAUGCGCGGGUCUGGAUUUCGUGUUGUUGGUUUUCUGUGUUGGCCCGUUCACAUACAAGGCCAUUGUUGACAAAGUUUUGUUACAUUUUUAUUUCUUUUUUUCCGCGGUUAUUAGUUCAUAUAAGUAUAGGAAUGUUAGCUGUCACCUAAUAGAAUCCCGAGCAAUGUGCAAGUGUAUGCUGACAUGCUAGCUUUGUGGCACUGCAUGUGGCACGUGUGCGGUUUUUAUAGAAAAGAGGUAACGAUCUCAGAAGCGGUUGCAUUAGAAAACUACAGCUUUCGUUAUUCGUGACAUCUCAUAAUCAACAUAUACUUAGAUUGCAGCACACAGACAGCGCGUGCUGCACUUAUAUUCAUCCCGAGUAUUUCCUACCGAUUUUUUUUUCUUUCACUAAACGCGGCAUCACCAGUCUUGUGUCACGCACAUCAAGAGCGCACUACGUACGACUCAGCCGCAGAAAAUGCUCGAAAACUCACAACGAACGCUUCAGCCGCUGUUUCUCUACGCAUACGCAUGUUUGUACAUAGGACAUAUCCCAAGAAUAUGGCUCAUACUGCCGCCCCACAAAUCAUUGUUGCCACAUGUUCUUGCGUGUUUUUUGCCUUGUAAAAACGAAGAAAA